AUGAGAUACUCACUUACAACUGCAGCUCUGGCCUUCGCCAUCUGCUCUAUCGCUGCCCCUACUGGCGACUACGGUUCCCUGUCUGGUACAGGAGCUGGAGGCGUCUCUGGCUCUACUGAGGUUUCUCCCUCUGGCUCGGCUGGAAUUGGAGCGAACAUCGGCGGAUCUGGCUCGGCCGGAGCCAAUGCAGGAGCUGAUGUUGGCGGAUCUGGCUCGGCAGGUGUAGGAGGUUCGGCAGGCCUGGGAGGAUCUGGACAUGCCGGUCUGGGCGGCCUUCUCGGAGGACUCGCUGGACUUGGUCUUGGGCACGAGGGCGGCUUGUCUGCUGGCAUUGGAGGCAACGGACACGGAGGUCUGGGCGCUGGUGCAAACAUCGGAGGCAACGGACAUGGAGGUCUGGGCGCGGGCGCAAACAUUGGAGGUGCCGCUUCGCCUUCCGUUGGAGCCAGCAUCGGAGGAGCAGCCUCGCCAUCGAUCGGAGUCAACCUCGGCGGCUCUGCAUACCCUUCAGGCUCAGCAUCUCUGGGAGCUGGUCUUGGUGGUCUCGCAUCAGGAGGCAUAGGCGCAGGACUGGGAGGCGCUGGUGGUCUUCUCGGUGGCCUGGGAUUGGGCGGAAGUGGAAAGGGCCAUGGUGAAAUUGGUCUAGGAGGCGGCGCAAAUGGCCAGGGCGGAAUUGGUGCUGGAAUCGGAGGAAAUGCUGGUGCCAAUGGCUCUGGCGAUGCUUCCGGAAAGGUUGGUGGCGAUACCGAGACAGAUGCUGCUGCUGGUACUCCCAGUGGCACUGCCGCCUACGGUUCUCCCGACAGCUCUUCUCCUUCCGACAGCUCGGCACCCAGCGGAGACUCUCCUUCCGACACAGAGACUGAUGCCGCAUCGGCUUCUCCCAGCGAUGCUGCCUCGGCCCCUACUUACGGCGAGGACGGUUCUGUCGCAGAUGCAAGCGGAUCUGCCAACGCACCCAUGUACGGCUCUGACAGCUCUGCUCCUGCUCCCAGCGAGUCUGCAGUUGAUGCUGCCUCUGGAACUCCCACUGAUGCACCUUCUACCCCUGAGGCCACUGCCCCUCCUCUUGCCACUGGCGCAUCUGGCAGCACUUACAAGUCAUACAUCAAGAAGCGUCAGUCCUACGACUCGGGCUCAGGCUCUGCAUCUGCUGGCGGUCUUGGUGCCCUGACUGGAGGAAGUGGACUCGGUGGACUUACUGGUGGACUUGGAGGACUUUCGGGAGGAAGCGGUCUUAGUGGACUGACCGGAGGACUUGGCGGCCUCUCGGGAGGAAGCGGUCUUGGAGGUCUUUCAGGAGGCCUUCCUGGUCUCUCAGGUGGCAGCGGCAGUGGCCUUCUUGGAGGCUUGAGCGGACUCGGAAGUGGUGCUGCAGGACUCGGUGGAUCAGGUGCUGGUUCUGCGGAUGCAUCUGCCAGCGGCAAUGCUUCUGGUACUGGAUCGGCUGGCGUCUCGUCUUCAGGUAGCGCAUACACCAAGUAG